AUGGUGCCAUUACCUUUGCCUGCGCAGUUCAUACCGGGUCGGACGGGGGCCGGACUACUCAUACUGAACGGGUUUACAUUUUAUAUGAAGAACCACCAAGCACACGGGAAGAAGCAAUGGUACUGCUCCUCGAGGGAUGUGCACGGAUGCAGGGCUGACGUCAUAACCUACAAAGGCAUAUACUAUCUGCCGUCGCACAGAACGGGAAGCAUGGUCCUAAUAUUCAAGGACAACAAGUAUUGGAUCAACAAUCGCUACCAGAACACCAUAAACUGGACGUGCAGGGACCGCAAGCGGCUCGGCUGCAACAGCUGCGUCCAGACAACCGUCGAGGGUCGUUACAUCAAACACAAGGGCUUCCACAAUCACGACGACAAUUACACUAAGUAUAACUUCAACGACUGAUAUACGAGUUUCAAUCCAGCAUUGCCAAUCAUUACAUCUGUUGAAAGCUACAAUAAUGCCAGUAAAGAUUAAAUACGUUCAGAAAAUAAUAUAAUAAUACUUCAUUGCGCGCAAUCUUCCUUUUUUUCCAAAUAAAUAUGAAAUUUAUGUCCUCUUUUAUUUUUCAACGUAUCUUCAAGAGGACUAGUUUUAUUAAUUUUUCGGUUUUGGAUUUCAUUCUAAAUAUCAUAAUGUUUCAUUUAAACAAACGUAAUAAAUAUAUCUAUAUCUAUUUUUUUUUAAUUAAUACUUGUAAUAUGUCUUGUGUUUUAUUAGUUUUUUUUGGGAUUUUGCGCUAAAAUAAUAAACAAUGAUCAAUCAGCAAUGCUGGAUUGGUACUUUUGAUAAGUACGAAACUCGUUAAAUAAAGGUUGAUAAUAAUUUGUCGUGUAACUUUAUGAGAAUAGAGCCUUAAUAAUUUCUAGUAUGUAAGUACUUAAUCUGUAAUACUAAUAACUAAUAUUUUGUUGUUGAUUUAAGCAACAACACAAAAUAACAACAAUAUUGUUUGUAAUGUAGAACUUAUAUUUAAAAUUAGCUAGUCCUGCGUUGGUGAGUCUGUUUUUAAUAUUAGAAUUAUGCUGAUUUUAAAGAUUUGUGAAUGAAUUUUUUGGCUUUGGGUAAACGUGUAAUGUUUUUGCUAUAAGUCUAGGUACUCAAGAGUUUCUUGUUACGAAUGGUCAAUUUGUUUUCUUUGGUCUAUAAAAGACGAAGCAAAGGUCGAAAACGACACUUUGCAAUUGCACGUUGUAGAGUCAACAUCUCCUGAGGAUGCUCCGGUUUCGGGGUGAAACGUACUUAGAGAGUGUUUUGUCGGACCUGGGUGACGUUGUCGCAUGGGUUCGUCGACUUUUCGCGGAUGAUAGCAAAAUAAAUAAAUCAUUAUAUAAUCAUGUUUUCAUGAUAGUUAAUCUGUUACAGAAAGUCAGUUUGAAUUUGGAUGUAGUGGUAACAUGACACACCAAACGCGUUUGUGUGUAUAGACUGAAGUUAAUGGGGGCUACCCAAUGCAGUUUUAACUGUACAAAUAAAAUGUCUUUGCGUAGGCAAAACUGUACACUGAAAACUGUACAGUUUACAUAUUAUUAAUAAUAUUCCUAUUACAUAGAACUACAGUUAAAACUGUGCAAACUAAACUAAUAAACCGCAUAAAGAACGUUUUAUUAAAAAACCUUCAGUUUUACACACCAAAGCUCUAUCAGUCUAGUCACCUUGUCACUCUAUCCAAAGUCUAACCGACUUACAAAAGUAGACAAAAUGUAUCACGAACCCCUUAUAAAUAUAGCAUUAAUGUAGGCGAAUUUUAAAUAUACAGAAAGACAUAGGUUAGCUCGCGUUAGGAAAUAAGAUCUAUUUUAUUGAUAUAAUCAAUUGCCCUCUCAUUUAAUAUGAAAUUAAGUAGGUAUUAGAUUAAGAUUAAAACCUUAUAGGUUAUGUAACUAAAAUAAUAAACUUUAUUUAUAUUCCAUUAGCUUGUACGAUGGGUAGAUUUCAUUUUGCUGUAUGUUUAUUAUAGGCAUUUAGUAAACAAUUUUAUCAUUCUUAUGUCACCGUAUCUCGAAAAGUUACAAUAAGCCAGACUCAUAUUCUCUAUAUUAAGGCAUUCAAUUAAUAUCUUCAAGUGUAAUUAAUUAAUCAUUAAUACAUUGAAGCUUGCGGUAGUAAGAUUGCGUUUAUAAUCGAUGCAACCCGAGCUUUAGUUGAACGCAGACGUUUUUCGUUCUGCAGAACGCUAGGUUGAUCGCAUCAGUGUGGCUUUAAAUUUAUAACAUCUACGUUUUAAACUUAACGUCACAAUUGCGUUAACUGUAGUAGUAUCUGCAUAGGUUAAGAUCGCAAAAAGUACUAAGAAAUUCAAACCACAUUAAACGCAUCAAGUAGGUUUAACCAAUCAGACUGCUGAAAAAUCUUGUCAUAUUGCAAUCUACCAAUAGUUUGGUGUAUUUGCAAUGAAUUUGGAGGUAAAACUGGAUUUUAUUCUUUAAUUUCGGGUUUGUAUCAAAGUAAGUACUUAUAUAUACUUAGUAUUCUAGUAUUUUGUGUUUGUGUUUACUUUGAACGUAUUUACUUACUUAUUUGGAUCUUUGUUUAAAGAUGAGCGUCCGCAUAUUCUCAUCGUAAGUAUGGGACGCAUCGCAUUAAACGGAUUUUUAUUUUUACGGUAGAUUCAUGCGAUCCAUACAAUACGGAUCCGUAGACGCACUUGUGUGACUUAUUAUACAAAUAAUACUACGACCCGUUUGAUACGAUGCGUCCGAUACUUACGAUGAUGUUGACGCCUACCAUAAUGCUGCCAUUUAUGUUGUAAUGUAAAUAAGAGCUUAGGAUUUUAUGUGUUAAAUUGUUAGCGUCUCCUACGUUACAGUAUUCCUUUAGAUGUCACAAAGUGACUGUAGUAUAGAUAUUUCGCUUUGCUUUUAGUGGGUGUACACUUGUAUAGGCGCGUAAAAUUUUGAAAAGAUUUGAAGAAGCAUCAAAGCAGUAAAUCAGAAACAUGUUUAUUUUAAAUUAUACUGACUGCGAGUUUUGUGGUAAACGUACUCUGUAUACUUAACUAAUUCACGCUACAGAAAUUUAUUUUAACCGAACACUUGAACUGUUCAAUUAAAUCGUCCGUGUGUAGUCCUGUCAGUUUUAACUGUACAUUAAAAACUGUACAGUUAAAACGAACGUACGUAGCGCGGGUACAUAAUUUAACAGUGCGUUUCUGCUGUACCGGUGUUUCUUUAGUUUAUACACACAAAUGCGUUUUAUGUGUCACCUUACUAAUACAUGCAAAGCGAAACCGUCUUCGUAAAAUAUCUUUAUCACACGUAAAAGUGUGAAAGGUGUCUGUUUAUUAAAUUUUAUAUUAUACAUGCGUAUACUCUUUAUGUGAACUAUGACGAUGUAUUGCGUAUGUAAAAUCUGCGGCUCACGAAACUAAAGGUCAACAGCAUUUAUUGUUAAAAAUGCUCAUAAAUGUGGGUACUUCUUAAAUUGUAGUUAAGUACGAAUUAUUGUACUUAUAAAAAGUGUUCUGUAUUACUAGGUUUUAUUUCGAAUGUCAGACAAAAAAAAGUGUUUUUCUCAGGACGGUGACGGAACGACACCGGAAGUUACUACUACAUACUAGAAGGAGGGGUUAGAGAUUAUUGGUCAUAUUCGUAAUAAAAAUUAAAAAUAUUUUAAAAUCAAAUAUUCUUUUAAAAUCAAAUUACAUGCGUAGUUUUUUUAUUAAAACUGCAUGUACAUAAGUCACCGAAAAGAGAUUAUUAAUGGGUUUAGAAUUUCAGUUUGUAGUGCAAAGUUUUUAGGCCUCUGUUAAAGCCAGACUCAAUUCGAAAACGUCUAGUGUUCGGUCUUUAUAUUACUAUUGCACAAAAAAUAAGAAGUUUUUAGCAGUUUUCAUAUAUUGUAGGUAUAUUUUAAAAUACAAAUGUUCUGCAUCCCAUAAAUUGUAAUAUGCCUGUUUUCUGUAAGGUUGGACGCAGAACGUGAACGCAUUACACCUACAGUAGGCUUAGCGUCUCUGUCAUUUCUCGUGAAAAAAUAAAACCAAAACCACGACCAAUAGCGACGGAGUUGAAAUGUUUUGGAUUACGCCGCUAUUGGUUGCAACGCAAGGAAAAAGAAAGCAAUAUUUUGGAUUGCGCCGCUAUUGGUCUAAAAAAAAGUCUUCGCAGUUCGCACCCCUAGUCUUUCUUGUACCCUAGGCGAGUAUGUAUUAGGUGAUGGGCUUUUUCGUAUUACUAACCGAACACUUGAGAAAAUAAUUUUAUUGGUCGACUAUUUUAUUUUAUUUCUAAUUUUAUUAUUGAACAAACCUAGUCACUAUGGCUAUUUUACGUGUGCCAAAUUAUAUUUAAGCAUUUUUAUUUAUGAUGAUAUAUCAUGUAGUAAUAUGAAAAUAUGAGAAAUACAGAAACGAUGUAAUUAUCAUGUCGAAUUUUUUGUUUUACUUAUUUAUUUUCUAUAAAAUCAGUGGCGUGCAGAGAAAUCUUGAUAUGGGCAGGCUUUGUAAAAAUAACUAAAUUUUAAAUAGGUAUAUGAAAUGGAAAGUCCCUUUUUAAAAUCUUUAAUUAAAACUUAACCUGACCCAUUUUCUACCCGUUUUUAUAUAUUUUUUUAAGUUCAAGUAUAAAUAGUUUUGUAGCUUUAGCUAAGUGCUGCUUAAGAUCUUAUUGAGAUUACGUAAACGUCAGUAAUCAACUCAGACAAAAAACCACUUGAAAAAAGCCAUUUUUAAUUUCGUAAUAGCUUUAGUACUAUUAGAUAGAGGUGCUUGUACUACAACUUGAGUAACAACACAACCAGAGACACGCGCCGUGAUAGCCAAGUGGAUAUGACAUAUAAUGCCUUCGAUUCGGUGGGCGUAGGUUCAAAUCCAGUCCGGAGCAUACCUUCAACUAUACAGUUAUGUUUAUUUUAAGAAAUUAAACGUCACGCGAAACGGUGAAGAAAAAGCAUCGUGAGGAAACCUGCAUACCUGAGAUUUUUUUUAAUUCUCUACGUGUCUGAAAUCUGCCAAUCCGCAUUUGGCCACCGCGGUGGACCAUUAUCUAAACCCCUUUUAUUCUGAGAGGAGAUUCGUGCUCGAGAGCCGAAUAUGGGUUGUUAAUGAUGAUGAUCAUUAUAUAUUACAACGUUGUUGUAACAGAGCUAGUCGGGGAAAGUUCUGCCGCCAUGUUUAUUUCGGCCAAGCAGCAUUGCUGUGAUCCAGUUUAAAAGGUAAAGUUGCCGGCGAAAUUACUUGCGAAAGCGAAAGCACUUGAAGCUUAAUAUCUAUACUAUACCCUACCCGGACGGCCCUCUAAGCUGAGAUCCGAGUCUUUAAAGAGUCGUUUCGCCCAUCUCUUCUUUUUCUGCCUCAGGCGAUGCUUUUUCGCUCGUCUAAAACCCCGGUGAUGCCGCUGCGCCUCCCAUAAGGAGCCUGGGGCACUUUUAACUUUAACACUAUAAAAAAUUAUAAUAUAAUAUAAUUAAUAAAUAUAAUAUAAUAAUAAAUAUAAUAUAAUACAUAUUUUUUAUAGUGAGUAGGCAUCACGAUAUCCUACACGGCAUCGGAUUGUAGGUAGUCUUUCUUACCUGCGAAUUGUUUCACCAUCGAUGGUUUCCACUUAUUUGCUUGUCCAGUCAACUAUUGCAGAAAAAAUUGUCUAUAUUGUUCUAUGUAGCCUAGAAAUAGUCAGCUGCGAUUUCCUGGCUCGGGGACCGAUACUUCAAUCAGGUUGUGACAUGACUUGUUUAAAACAGCUUCUUUAGUACCUAGUAUGUGUAAACACAAUAAUUUAUAUAUAUUUUUUGUAUUCCAGUAAAAUUUAUUCGAACCUCCACCGGGAAGAUUUUCAUAAUGGAAGGCAAGCACACAUUCACGAAGCACUAUGCGGUAAAGGGCGGCUUUAGGUGGAAAUGUACGAGGCAUUUCUCCAAGACCUGCCGGGCAUCCAUGAUCGUGGACAACAAUGGGUUUAUAAUGAAAUUUAAUGGGAAACACUCCCAUGAACCCCCUCUAUAUGUUUGUGACAGUGUUGGCACUUUUAUUAGAGUCGGUUAAACUAAAUGAACUCUAGUUGUAUUAGUCCCGGAUCCGGUAUUAGAAAAAUUUACCCUCAUCUGUUAUUUAUUAUCGAUAAGAAAUAAAUAAUAGAUAAUAUUCAGUGUCACAUUGCAAAUGGUUGCCAGACACAUUUUUCAUAAAAAAAAUCUAGGGAACCAUGAACUAGAUCAAGACAACUUAAUACAUUUAAAUUAAGCAUAAAAUAGGCUUUCAUUUGACAUAUUAUACGACUAAAUAUCUGAUGAGGGUAUAUUGUAUGAAUAACAAUACUUAACUGUAUUUAUCUGAAAACCCCAUAGUUGCAGAAUGAAAGAAGGCAACUUUUUCAAUUCUGUUUCAGUCCUAGGUCGGGCUUUGAAAUAUUGACUAGUUAGGCCGUCGAUUCCGGUCACAAUCAUUAACAUAAUAGUGGUUGUCUAAUAAAUUAACAUUAUCACCGUCCGCCAACCCACAUUAAAGCAGCGUGGUAGAUCUAAGCUCCAUAACCCUUCUCCUAUAAGGGGGACUAGUCCUGACCCUGUAGUUGCCGUUAAAAGAGGCUGACAAUCAGGUCAUUUAAGAGAAACGCUGCAUGUUAAGGAUCGUAUGCGGGUAGAUUUAAGCACUUCUCGAGGAUUUACCAGGGGACAAUUAUGAAUAAAUAUAAUAUUUAUGGAAGUAGUUGAUACUUUUCUUUUUUAUGAGUAGGUACUAUGUCAGAAAAUCGAUUAACCUGGAAUAGAAUAUCUCUCUCAAAUAACUUUCUAUAGCUGUUUAAUAGAUUGCUUAAUAGGCCUUGGGUAAAAAAUAUCCAUAAAAUGCUCCUUUAGUUUUCAAAAAUUUUCAAUACUAUACUUAUUUUACUUAAUUUAUCAUUUCACAAAAACCUGCCAAGUAUCAGAAAAAAUAGGGAAAAAGAUUCAUUCAAUCGGUUAAGUAUUUCGCUAUGGCGUGAUCAAUUAUAGGGAUCCAGUUCUGGUUUUUAUGGAAAAGUAAAAGUGAUAUUUUUAACCCGGCGCUAUUGUGACUGGGUAUAUGAUACCCCACAGUUAUUAUAUCAAUGGGAAGGUAAACUUAGUAGAACUGUAGUUAGUUGUAAACAAUGUGUGUUGCAACCGAUGAUGUUAAAAGAAAAAACGGUAUUUUCACCUUUUCCCGUGUAUAUUUGGCGUUUCUUUUCACAGUGCUUACGGCCAUGUAUAGCGGUCACAUAACGGUGAAAAACAUGAAGAAAUUAUCAAGUAACGUUAGUAAACGUAUUAAAAAGCUGGUUGGAGAAACGACGAGCUACCCUCUUGAUAAGAAUGUAAAAAGAAAGAGAUGUAAAACCUGUCCUUAUACUAAAGACAAGAAAACGAGGUUUUGCUGUUACAAAUGUAAUAAACCCAUUUGUAUCACACACAUUAUUCCCUUGUGUAAUAGUUGUGUUGAUCUCGACAAGUAGACCCCGCGCGGUUUCAUCCUCGUGGUUCCCGUUCCCGUAGGAAUACGGGGAUAAUAUAUAGCCCAUAGCCUUUCCGGAUAAACGGGCUAUCUAAUACUAAUAAUACUGAAAGAAUUUUUCAAGUCGGACCAGUAGCUCCUGAGAUUAGUGGGUUCAAACAAACUCUUCAGCUUUAUAAUAUAUCAGCUGUAUAAGUAUAGAUAAAUAAGUAAUUACUUAAUUAUAUUGGUUAUUUAGGAAAAAAAUAUAUAUUAUUAAUAAAAAUGUAUUUAUUCUUACACAAUAUACACAUCUCUACAUAGCCCCAAAGUAAGCGUAUAGCCUGUGGUAUGGGUAGGUACUCCCACCAGCCAGAUCUGCACCAAUCAGGAAGAUCUCAAUCGGCCCAGCCAGGGAUCGAACUCAGGAUGUGACUGCGCCACGGAGGCUGUCAAAAUUAAAUUAAAUUAUGCUCCUGCCUCCUCGCGCUGCUCCCUCUAUGCUCCUCGCGCUGCCGUGUUGUCCUCACCUCACAAACUACUUUACUCGUGACAUUUAGUCGCAACGCUCCGCAUGACCUUUGACUCGCGCUCUAAAACCGAAAACAGAGGGAGCGGUGGGCACGACGAAGAGCAUGACAUGCGGUAUGGGGAGUACCGUUGCCACACUGUCUGUUACGUCCCGCGCCCAUGUCACUCGUCCAGUGUCUCAGACUAAUAAAAGGUAUAUUCAUCAUCAUCAUCGUCGUCAUCGUCAUCGUCAAUGUCAUCGUCAUCGUCAUCGUAAUCGUCAACGUCAACGUCAUCGUCAUCGUCAUCAUCAUCGUCAUCAUCAUGAUCAUCAUCAUGAUCAUCAACAUCAUCAUCAUCAACACCAUCAUUAUCAUCAUCAUCAUCAUCAUCAUCAUCAUCAUCAUCAUCAUCAUCAUCAUCAUCAUCAUCAUCAUCAUCAUCAUCAUCAAUCAUCAUCAUCAUCAUCAUCAUCAUCAUCAUCAUCAUCGCGCUUUCUUGUGCGAGGUCCUCAUUCCAGCACCUUGGGACCCCAACGUCCACCGGCUCUUUGAACUACGUACCUCGUCCCUUCGCAGCUUCGCGACUCGUUGAGCUAUGUCAGUGAUUUUGGUACUUCUACGAAAGGUGUAUUGAUAUUAUUUAAUUACGUUGUAUGUUCCAGCUUAUUUUAUGCAGACGUUGUCGGGAACGAUAGCUGUGAUGAACAACUACACGUUCUCUAAACACUACGUGGUGAAGGACGGCUUUCGAUGGAAAUGCUCGAGACAGUUCUCUAUGUCGUGCCGCGCUUUCCUAGUCUUGAAUGAUGAAGGCACUGUUAUUCGAAGUUACAAUGAUCACAACCACGAACCUACUAGUUGUCGCUAUUUCCCGAACCAACACAAGGUUAUUGGCUACCGUUAAGAGCUCAGACUAAUUACAUACAAGGACCUGUCUCGCUAGAUGUUACUUUUCUGUCAAAGUAUAUCAGUGAUCUAAUGCGAUUGUAAAAGCUGUCUCUAUAGAAUCGAUGUUUCGUAGUUGUUAUCGCGUUCGUCGGUUAAAGAGCUCCGUAAAUAUACCUUUUUUUGUAGUUGAAUGGUGUAAAAACAACUCUAGUUUAGUAUAAGAUGUAUCUAAAUCUAAGCCCGUUUUCCUUAAGAGAUUUUUUUUUCAUGAAUUUGGUUGUGAUAUAUCCCUAUGUGAUUAGUUAGGCUAAGAAGAUGCAAGCUAUUUAAACCCCUACCCUUGAUGUGUCUGUCUGUGUAUCUUUGUGUUUGUCUGUGGCAGCGUAGUUUCCAAACGAAUGGAGUGAUUAUGAAAAUAUAUGUAUGUGUAGAUUGAAAAUAUUUUUUUUUAAAAUAAUGCUUGAGAAAUAGUAAUGGUGCUGGUAAGUUAUCCAUCUGGUAAAAAUAACUAAGUAUUUUGUUAACAAUGGGCAUUAAGGAAUACGAAAAUUAUGUAUUGAUUUGAUUUGAUUUCUUGUGUUGAUUUCAUGUUAAUUAUAUUUACGUGGCUAAUUGACCAAGGUCAGUGAAUAGGCGAACAGAUUACAUUCUUUUACAUAGAAUCUCUAUUUAGAUCAGUUAGCAUUAAAUAAUAAUAAAUAGUGAAUACGAAAUCAUGUGACUUACGAAUAUGUUAACUAAUAUACGUAUAUGUCAACUAACAUACAUCAAAGAUAGUGAAUUGGCCUGCAGGAUCUCGUUUAUUGGCUGUUGACAUUGAGUGCCUAUAGAAAUUGGCGUUCUGUCACUGAUGAAGUUUCCAUGAUAUCAUUUGAGGACAAUUAGGUGGAACUAGUCUUUUUGCCUUCGUAAAUUCAAACCUUAAGUAUUGCUAAAGCUAUAACUUAUAUUACAAUAAAUAUUUUCAG